AUGUUGUUUUCUCUUGAAUUCAUUCAAGAACUUAACCUUACUGCUGAUAAAGAUAAAUCUGACAAGCAAACUUUCUUUCACCAUUCAGGACAAUCAAGUUCCCAAAUAGAUUAUAUCUUCUCUUCUAAAGAAAAUCUGUUUAAAAACUAUACAAUAUGGAAUAGUUCAUCUUCAAAUGUCUCAGCUCAUGUGCCAGUAUCAGUAACAACUAACAUUACCAUUCCAACUGAUGUAACCAAAGCCAAUAAAGAAAUCCAAACAGUUCAUAAACUUCAAUGGGACCAGACCGAUCUCCCUCUCUAUACAGAAUCUAUUCAGACUGAAAUCUCAAAGCUGCAAUUGACUCAAAAACCAUCUAACAGUAUCCAAAAUAUCACAAAAGCCUUACUUGCAGCCUCAAACAAAGCAGUACCAACCAAACCCAUCAAACUGAAAGGUCCAAAAUGGAAGGCAUCACCUAGAGUCAAAAAACAUCUAAAAAACUGCAAACAACUAUACUCAAAAUGGAAAUCCGAAGGCAAAAAAGCAGACCACCCAUUUAGGAUACAACUAAAAGCAGAAAAGAAAAAUCUCCGCAGUCAGCAAAGAAAGGAACAUGCUGAAGAUAGACUGAAUUUAUAUCAGCAAAUUAUGGAUAAUCCAUCCACAGACUUAUUUUACAAAUUAAUAAACAGGAAUAGAUCUAAACCUAGAACAAAUUCAACGGGUAUCGAUAUAGAGGGCGAACUAGAAUUUAAUCCUGCUAUACAGAGAAAGGCAUUCGCAAAGUACUAUGAAGAUCUUAGUAUACCAAAAGAAUCAAAAUUUGAUAAUUCAUAUCUGGAAUUAUGCCAAAUAAGGCAGCAUCUCGUGGAAGAAGUUCUAUAUAACCAACAAACAACAAUAGAACCAUACAAAGAAGAUGACGUAUCCAAAGCUAUUGACAAUUUAAACAGUGGCAAAUCACCUGAUGAGUACGGACUAUGUGCAGAACAUCUAAAACUUGCUAAAGAAACAGUCACACCAACGCUUACAAAGAUAUUUAAUGACAUACUCAUUCACAGAACUGUCCCAAUUGAAUUCAAGUCUGGAAUUCUAACUCCUGUACUUAAAAAGGAAAAAAAUCAAUGCCUAGUCUCCAGCUAUAGAGGAAUCACUGUAACCCCUGUGAUAUCAAAACUCCAUGAACUCUGUAUACUUGGCAAACUCAGUAUUACUCCUAACACUGAUCUACAAUAUGGAUUUACAGAAGGGUUAUGUCCACUUAUAGCUAGUCUCAUUAUAUCAGAAUGCAAAUGUGAACGGAAAAACAACACUCUUUAUCUGGCUACUGUUGAUGUCCAAUCUGCCUUUGAUGUAGUCCAGCAUCUGAUACUCCAUGACAAAACGCUAGAUAGGAAUAUACACCCAGAUCUAUGGUUUGUCAUCAAAGACCUAUACUCUGGCCUUACUUCCAAAGUCAAAUGGCAAGGAGAACUUAGUGACAGCUUUAAUAUACUCCAAGGAGUUAGACAGGGAGGUAUACUAUCAACUCAUCUGUACAAAAUAUUUGUAGAGGAUCUCCUUGUAGAAUUAGAGAAAAAUGCAACAGGAUUCAGUCUGGGAGAUAUUUACUGUGGAGCGCCUACUUGUGCCGAUGACAUCGCCCUGAUAAGCUCGGAUCCAGCAGAACUACAAAUAAUGCUAAACACCAUUGGAAGAUAUGCAAAUCAACAUCAUUACAAUAUCCACCCAACAAAAUCGAAAGUUAUCUGCUACGGAUCUGCAAAGAAUCACAGAACAAACACCUGGAAAUUAUCAGAUAAUACAAUUGAACUCUCAAACGAAACUACUCAUUUAGGCCUAAAAUGA